GUUGACCUUGGAUUAGCUACUAAAUGGCGAGAUAGUUCAACUGGAUUGCAUGUUGAAUAUGAUCAACGGCCAGAUGUUUUCAGAGGAACUGUGCGUUAUGCUAGCGUACAUGCCCAUUUAGGUAGAACUGGGAGUAGGAGAGAUGAUCUAGAAUCACUUGCUUACACACUCAUUUUCCUUCUUCGAGGUCGUUUGCCUUGGCAAGGAUACCAGGGAGAGAAUAAAGGAUUCCUUGUUUGCAAGAAAAAAAUGGCAACGUCUCCAGAGGCUCUAUGUUGCUUCUGUCCACAGCCUUUUAGACAGUUCGUUGAGUAUGUUGUGAACUUGAAGUUUGAUGAAGAACCUAAUUACACAAAAUACAUUUCCCUCUUUGAUGGGAUUGUUGGUCCAAAUCCAGAUAUCAGGCCAAUUAACACAGAAGGUGCACAGAAGCUUUAUCAAGUUGGUCAUAAGAGAGGUCGGCUAACAAUGGAGGAUGAAGAUGAUGAACAACCGAAGAAGAAGAUUCGGAUGGGAAUGCCAGCUACACAAUGGAUUAGUGUUUAUAACGCUCGUCGACCGAUGAAGCAAAGGUAUCACUAUAAUGUGGCAGAUGCAAGGCUUGCGCAGCACAUUGAGAAAGGGAAUGAGGAUGGAUUGUUUAUUAGCAGUGUAGCUUCAUGUCAAAAUCUGUGGGCCCUUAUUAUGGAUGCUGGCACUGGUUUCAGUGCACAAGUCUAUGAACUCUCGCCCUUUUUUCUUCAUAAGGAAUGGAUAAUGGAGCAGUGGGAAAAGAACUAUUACAUCAGUGCAAUAGCUGGAGCUACAAAUGGAAGUUCCUUAGUAGUCAUGUCAAAGGGGACACAGUAUUUGCAGCAAUCUUACAAAGUCAGCGAUUCAUUUCCUUUUAAGUGGAUCAAUAAAAAAUGGAGAGAGGGUUUCUAUGUCACUGCUAUGGCCACCUCUGGCAGUAGAUGGGGAGUGGUCAUGUCUCGCGGUGCAGGAUUUUCUGACCAGGUUGUUGAACUUGAUUUUCUUUACCCAAGCGAAGGUAUUCAUCGGCGGUGGGAUUCCGGAUACCGUAUCACAGCUACUGCAGCAACUUGGGACCAGGCUGCUUUUGUUCUUAGCGUGCCAAGGAGAAAACCUGCAGAUGAAACCCAAGAAACUCUUCGAACGUCAGCUUUUCCUAGUGCACAUGUCAAGGAAAAAUGGGCUAAGAAUCUUUAUAUUGCAUCCGUCUGCUACGGACGAACAGUUUCAUGAGGUGUACAUUAUUAUUUGGUGCCACUCCUGACAGCAUUGUAACUAGUGAGAAUCCUUGUUCUCAACACCACCUUAGGUAGCCACUGGAAAGCAAGAAAUUUCUUAAGUUUCAUGCUCAAGGCUUAGAGAGG